AUGAGAUUGGUUAUAUUAGACUCUCAGUCAGCGUUCAUUAAAGGACGUCAGAUUCUGGAUGGCAUUCUAGUUGCUAAUGAAGUUGUUGAUGAAGCUCGUAAGUGCAAUAAGGAGCUUUUACUCUUCAAGGUUGAUUUUGAGAAAGCUUAUGAUGCGAUCGAUUGGGCCUAUCUGGAUGUGGUAAUGAUAUUGAUGAGGUUCCCGACUCUUUUGUGGAAGUGGAUUAAAGAACGAAUAGGAACAUCAACUGCAUUUAUUUUGUUUAAUGGGUCUCCUACGGCGGAGUUUCCGUUGGAGAGGGGGUUGAGGCAAGGCUAUCAAAUGGAGAGAGGUGAUCCGGUUGUUGUUUCUCAGUUCAAAUUUGCGGAUGAUACCCUAAUUUUGGGUGAGAAGUCUUGGGCCAAUUGCAGGGGUAUGUGUGCUGCUCUUAUUCUUUUUGAAUCUUUGUAUGGUUUGAAGGUGAAUUUUUCGAAAAGCCAGUUGGUCGGUGUAAAUGUUGAGAGGUCCUGGUUAUCAGAGGCGGCUAAGGUAGCUAAGGAGGACAGGUGGCGUUGGAACUUGGACCCGAGUAACGAAUUUAGUGUUCGGAGCGCUUAUAAAGUCUUGGCUUUUCAACAUACUGUUGCAACUACGGUUAUUACAAAGGCACACUGGCAUAAGGAUGUUCCUCUAAAGGUCGUUAUGUUUGUGUGGCGGCUGUUCCGAGACAGGUUGCCAACUAAAGACGAUUUGUUUCGUCGUGGAGUUAUAGCUACUGAUGCAAGAUUAUGUGCGAAAAUAGCUAAUCUCUCCUUCAACUAUCAUGUUUGGUGGCUUAAUCCGUUCACUAUGUUGGACAUCGACUAA